GCAGCAUUUCAUGAGAUGAUGUUUCAUGCACUUCUAGGUUGUGUGACAGCAGGAGCUGACUCUGUAUCAAGCUUGUGAAAUGUACUGAUCCCAUCAGAGACGGACUCAGAAUUCAUCAGGAAAGUUUGGUCCAAGAGGAAAUAAUCUAAUGAGGAAAAUCCAAAAGAGACCAUCGGCUUUAUUAAGGAUAAACUUGCAGGAUCUGUGUCCUUUGUCUCAUUUGUCUCUAACAAUCCUAAUAAUUGUGUAUACUGAAACAAGUCUGCAAGACUUAAUAAAAGUCUUUUAGCUGCAUCCUACAACAUGAUCACAAUUCAUACCAGUAGGUUAUGUUUAUCAAGAUGGGCUUAACUGGUACAUCUCUACAGAAUUUCUUAGGAGUAAUCCCUUUAGCAACAUGAUAUCCAACUGUUUUUUGUGGGAAUGGAUGGAGAAGCUGCUAAUUCUCUUCAUCACAGCGCUGUUGGCUAGAGGGUCAUCCUGUUUGGGCUGCCCCCCCUCUUGUAUAUGUGCCUCUGAUCUCCUUAGCUGCGUCAAACAAGGCCUUCACCAGGUGCCCCCUUUCCUGCCCCCUACCUCAGUCAGCCUGGAUCUGAGCCACAACAACCUUAGCCACCUUCACAACCACUGGUUGUCUGGGCUUCCCCGUCUGCACAUUGUGCGCCUUAGCCACAAUCAUAUACGGAGGCUGCCUGCAAAGGCUUUUCACAAUGCCACCUUGCUGCGGCAUCUUGACCUUUCCUCCAAUCGUCUUGAGCGCAUCAAAGAGGAGCUGUUUGAAAACCUCUGGAGCUUAGAGGAACUUCUUCUCUACAACAAUCGAAUUGUUCAUGUGGAUGAGGGAGCAUUCUCUCGUAUGGGGAACAUUUAUAAAAUAUACCUGAGCUGGAACCUUCUGACUGUUUUUUCAUUUAGCUCAAUGCAGAAUCUCACCAAUCCCCAUUUGCGUACUCUGGACCUUUCCUCCAACCGGUUCUUAGAACUUCCUGUGGAAGAGGUAUCCUCACUGCCAUCAUUCAUUAAGAAUGGUCUAUACUUACACAACAAUCCUCUGACCUGUCAUUGUGCCCUCUAUGCCCUCUUCAGUCAUUGGGACCAACGUGGAUUUUCUUCUGUUGUUGACUUCUAUAAAGAGCAUACCUGCCUUUACAUGGGACAGCAUCGUGCUAUUGUCCGAAUACUACAACCUCUAAAUGGCUUUGACAAUUGUUCACUGGGCCCUUGGUAUAGGCUGCCUGAUGCUGACAUCAGGGUACUUAUAGGGAAACGUCUUAUGGUGGCUUGCAAUACCAGCCUUCCCCAAGAGAAUACAACUUACCUCUGGAUCUCACCCACAUAUGAGUUCAUUAUCUCGCCUGGCAAUAACAACCAAAGUAUUAAAAUACACCGUAAUGGGAGUUUAGAAAUACUCAAAGCUCAGACUUGGAACUCUGGUAUAUACCUGUGCAUCGCAGUCAACAGGAAGCUUAAUUACAACUCCACUCAUGAAGUGAACAUCACGGUGCAUUACCCCAAGCAUGAGGCCGAGUCUUUUAACACUGGUCUCACUACUCUACUGGGUUGUGUGGUCAGUCUGGUCUUGGUCUUUGUCUACUUAUACAUGACACCCUGCCGCUGCUUAGCCUGCUGCUCAAAGCCUGCACAGACCCCCAGCCCCCCUCACGAGGGCAGUGCGCAGUCCUCUAUCCUCUGUGGAACACCUCCCACCUCCGAAGGCCACAAUAACCGCAAAGCAGGGGCCAGUCGACAUGUGGUCUUCUUGGAGCCCAUUAAAGAGGGACGUGCCGAUAAGAAUCUAAAAAUUUUACAUCUUAAAUCAGACUCUGACUCUGCCAGCUCUGUGUUUUCUGAUAGUCCAAUUGUCCCAACGUAGUUGGCAAUAACUGCUGACUAUCUCAUGGACUAUGAAGAAAUUUAGGAGACAGCAGAUACAACUGGGUAACUUUUGUAGACUUAAGUAAAACUACACAAAGCCAUUACUGCUUAAUGACAGGUGUAAAUACCCUGACUCUGAAUGAUGGCAAAGCAUGAUGCCCAGGAAAUAUUGCUACUGGAAUACAGUUUCUUAAUUGGAUACUACUGCAGAAAACGCCUUGAUAGCACUAGUUCCAUCAAAGUAUUUUGCGUGGCCUAAAAUCAGUUCCUCUCUAAGGUAUCCUACAAGAAGAGGCACAAACCAGCCAGGGUUGAAGGAUCUCACUGCAUGUGUGUACAGGCAAUAAAAUGAUUGUACUGGUAUUAUCUCACCGGUGUUCAGUUAUUUUGAUACCCUGGCACGUUUGUGAUGACGACCGGAAUUAUCACACAAAUAUAGCUAAGAAAAGAUCCACUGAUGCAUUCCUAGUUCACACCCCCCCAAAAAAAAUAUUCAUUGACUUUAUUGACAAGUUCCUUCUGUAAUUAGUUUUAUGCACAAAAUAGAAGGUGGUAUGAUCAGAACAAGGAUGUUAUUUUUUGGGGACUCUCAUUGUCUCUAACACAUGUAAAAGAAAAUAUUUUAGUAUAACUCAGACGUUCUUCGAUUUAACAAAAUAAUGUUAACUUAUGCAUUGUCAGUAAUAACUGUGUAUACGUAUUAUUAUUAAUAAUAAUGAUAAGAACUUACAUAGUGCUUUUCUCCUGAUUGGACUCAAAGCUAUUAACACAUGGCAAUUAACAUUAGAGGGAUUCAAGUAAGAGAUUAUUGCACUAAUGGUAAUGGUGCGGGGAAAAGAAACGCACAGUACUGGCAAUUUCCGGUUGGGGAUUGCAGUAGUAAUUCAUGCUUAGUUGCAGGAUAACAUUUGUGGAUUUCAGAGCCAUGUAUUUUUCAUGCUAAAAGCACUUUUAUUUGCAGACUUUAAAGCACAAUAUUUGAAAUGCAUAUGGCAUGGGAGGGAGUCCUGUAGUCAUUUAAAUCCUCCUCAUGGUUUGUGUCCAUUAGAAAGCGGAUAUGCACUGCACUAUAGAUAGCAAAGAGUUCAAUUGUAACCGACAUAGGCACAGCAUUUAAAUUCAUUUCAGUUCUAAGGAACCGUAAUGACUAAAUACACAGUAAAUGACUCAUUUUCUUUUUGAAAGACAAAACACAUUGGGAUACCCAGGUAUCCAACUGCAUAGUAAUAAGCCCAGUGCAUGACUGGUCCGGACAAACAGCAUGUGCAGAAGAGAGCUCUGCAAUAUUUCAUAUACGCGCUGUAGCGGGUGCCUGGUUUUUCCGCCAUGAAAGUUGUUUUGCUGAUGGAUAAUGUAUGCAUUUUGUUUCUGCAAUAAAAAACAGCCUCCCCUUCUA